AUGGUUCCCGCCGCAGAGAGCUACUCGGUGCACGACGACGUCCUCAGGAACGCCGUCGCUACCGCGGCCGCGGUAGCUGCGGCCGUCGCGAACGGCGGGGGCGGGGGCGGGGGGGGGCGGGGCGGCGAUGCGAGCACGCCCAACCCAACGGACCUGUUGUCCAUGCUGUCGAGCGUCAUGACGCCCAACCAGUCGACGGGGGCCCGCGCCUUCACCGAGAUGGUGGCGGCUAGCGUCGGGGCGGGGAUUGCCGCGGGCAGGGGGGCGAGGAAGGGGGCGCUAGGGGCAUCGACCACCGCCGUCCCGAUGACGAGGGACACGUCGACUUCGACAGGUCGCGGCUCUUCGCCGGCGGUGGCCGUGAGUGAGCUCCCGAGGCCGGGCUCUUUCCACUUAUCCCGCUCCGGAGCGACCAAUCACGAUUCUGUAUUCGAAGAGCUAGCACUGGUGUCACCGCUCAAGAAAGUCAAGAGCUUUCACUUUCCGCUGGGCUCGUCCCGUUCCCUAGCUGUUUCCGCCGCGGCAAGCUCAACCACCAGUAGUACCAGAGGCAGCGACAACGGCAGUGACGGGGGUCAGGAGGGGGGGGAUCGAAGCGGAGGAAGAGGACGAGGAGGUGCUAGGCUUGGUGCCCAAGACCGUGAAAGGUGGGGACGACAGUGA